CAGCUCUGAAUUUCACCUCCUUCACAUCUGUUCACUGACCAACCGGCGUGAGACAUUCAAGCCUAAUCAUGAGUAAGAAUUACUUGUCCAAAAAUGAUGAGCUCCGCAGGGGAGACUACCUGUUGUCCAACAACAAUGAGUGGAAGGCUGUCUUCCAGGAUGAUGGUAACUUUGUCAUCUAUGGCUGGAAGCCUGUGUGGUCUUCAGACACUGCAAACUCAGACGCUGUCCGUCUGUGCAUGCAGUCUGAUUGCAACCUGGUCAUGUACAACAUGCAUGACACUCCCAGGUGGAACACAGAUACGGCCAAAUCCGUCGCCAACAUGUGUCGCCUGCAACUGACCGACGGCGGCAAACUGCUGGUGUACAAGGAAUGUGAGAAAAUCUGGAGCUCUGAUGAUUCCAAUGGCAAGAAAUGAUGGCUUAUCGUGACACCGCAAAGCUCUUGAAUUUGAGCGCUCUGCAAGUGAAAGUCAUGCUUGGCUGCUUUCUAUGAAUAAACUUGCCUGUCAUCCAACCUGACUUCCAUUAAAAGCAGUUUUUCACAAUGAAGAAA